UGGUGCGCCAGUGUGUAAUAUUAUAGGCUUGGAAGGAGGCAGCUGUUGUCAUUAUAUUAGCAGACAGCUCCAAUAGAUCAGCGUUUUCACCCUCCAUGAACAGAACAAAAGAUGAGUCUAUCGAAACCAACGUAAACACACCAAACUGAGAAUAGAUUUUAAAAAGUUUAAUCAAUGGUACAGAAAAGUAGUAUGUCCAGGACGCCUUCGACCUCAACCCAGGAGAUCCAAAUGGACAUGUUCGACCAUCAUCCACACACACAGGGAAAGUACGCCAAGAGGAAGAGCCGAUUUAAGCGCUCCGAUGGAAGCACCUCCUCUGACACCACCUCGAACAGCUUUGUCCGACAGGGCUCUGCAGACUCUUACACCAGCCGGCCGUCUGACUCAGAUGUGUCCCUGGAAGAGGAUCCUGAGGCUCUGAGGAAGGAGGCUGACAGACAGGCUCUCGCCACACUCGAAAAAGCAAAGACCAAGCCAGUGGCGUUUGCUGUGCGCACAAAUGUUGGUUACAACCCGGGCCCCAGUGAUGACGUUCCUGUGCAGGGCAUGGCCAUAUCCUUUGAAGCCAAAGACUUCUUGCACAUUAAAGAGAAGUACAACAAUGACUGGUGGAUCGGGCGUCUGGUGAAGGAGGGCUGUGAGGUGGGCUUCAUUCCCAGUCCAGUCAAACUGGAAAACACCCGUCUGCUGCAGGAGCAGAGGAUGAGACAGAACCGACUCAGCUCCAGUAAAUCUGGAGGAAGCUCCAGUCUGGAUGUUGCCACAGGAACUCGCAGGCCCACCCCGCCUGGCACAGGUGGCCCAGCUAAACAGAAACAGAAGUCGAUGGAGCACGUACCUCCCUAUGACGUGGUCCCCUCCAUGAGACCUAUCAUCUUAGUCGGACCGUCACUCAAAGGAUAUGAGGUGACAGACAUGAUGCAGAAAGCACUCUUUGACUUUCUGAAACACAAGUUUGAGGGCAGGAUAUCCAUCACACGGGUGACAGCGGACAUCUCCCUGGCCAAACGUUCAGUCCUCAAUAACCCCAGCAAACACACCAUCAUUGAGCGCUCUAGUACCCGCUCCAGCCUGGCGGAGGUGCAAAGCGAGAUCGAACGUAUCUUUGAGCUAGCCCGCACCCUCCAGCUGGUCGCUUUGGAUGCAGACACCAUCAACCACCCCUCUCAGCUGGCUAAGACCUCCCUGGCUCCCAUCAUUGUCUAUAUCAAAAUAGCCUCACCCAAGGUCCUCCAGAGGCUCAUUAAAUCCAGGGGGAAGUCCCAGGCUAAACACCUAAAUGUGCAGAUGGUGGCGGCAGACAAGCUGGCUCAGUGCCCACCUGAACUGUUUGACAUUCCUCUGCUGACCCGUACCAUGGCUACAGCAGCCCUGGCCGCCUCCCCUGAGCCCGUCUCCAACCUACAGGGGCCGUACCUGGUCCCUGGUGAGCAGAAGCGGGAAGGGUCUCUGACAGAGUGCAGUGGGAGCGGCACUCUGCAUGACUAUCAGACAGACCUGGGAGGAAAGCCUCAGCCCUUGCGCUCUUCUCGUGGCCAGCUUCGAGGAGGGAGUGCGCGAGGCCUGUCGCGACAAGACACAUUCGACUCUGAGACCCAGGGCAGCCGGGACUCUGCCUACACCGAGGCAGGUGACUCCUGCAUGGACAUUGAGACUGACCCCUAUGAAGAGCCCGAGCCCUACCGAGGGGGCAGGGGCAGCCGCCUCCACCUGGCACAGCAUCAUGGCAGACAGGCUUCCUGGGAAGAUGAAGGCGCCGAGCCGGACCAAGAGAACCUGAACCACCCACCAAUGCAGAGCCAGAUGCAGCCUCAUGGACGUGUUAAGCUGAGGGAGCGUUACUGCCAAGACCCUGUAGACACAGGGGCCAACAUGAGCCGCAACAAAAACCAGGACGACUGGGGAAGGGAUGUCUACAUCCACUGAACAUGCAUCAUACUACAAAGGCAAGGAAGCUACUGUGCAGACUGAGGAUAGAGGGAGAGGAGGAGAGGGAAAGGGGAAGGUUCAGGUUUUGGAUUCAGAAGGAACUGAAGUGUGCGUUUGGGGCCAUGUUAGUCAGGCUACCAAAUUAAUCUGUUUACAUCCCAGUACAAUGUAAAGAAACACAUCAACUGCCAGACGUCAUUUUCAUUAACUUCUUUAAAUUCAAUUCAUUUAUGUUUAGAAAACUAAUAUUGCUCUGUUUUGUUUCCUGUGUUAAUACUGCAUGAAUAUCAUGGGUUUCUAUACAGCACGAGGACAGUAAUUGUUAUGAUUGUGAAUCUAUGAUUGUGAUCUGUAAGACUCAAUCUCUCCUUCAGUUGUGGAGUAUGAGAGCUGGUGGAGGUGUAGUCUGUCCUGUCUGUCCUCUGCAGUCUUAAACAGGGUCUAAAGUUACCGCCCCCAUGUAUGUACAGUACCAGGGUUUCUCCUUAACUUAAUCCCAUUCACUGCCUUUUGAUUUCAGAGUUCACUCCCAUAAUGAGAUCCAGAAGUUGUCUCACCUCCACUUCCUUAUCACCCAGACCUUAAAAAGCUGGUGGAGGUUUUGCCAUAUUUUAACACAAAAAUGUAUCAGUGUUGCUGCAGUUACAUCAGCUUGAUAUAAACAACAACGAACAGACUCCAAAGACAUCAACUUCUUCCCUGACCUGGUUCAGCCAUCGUACCCGACCGUACAUGUCUGACCCAGUCCUCAUGUUUUGGUUUUUUUCUUCUUCGUGGGUGCUGAGAGCGCCUGCGGUGCUCACGUUGUCUCUGUUUUUCUAACGUCGUGCAGAUUCAAAGCAGCGCUGCAGCUGUAGUGAUGAAUGAAGUGUCCUGCCUUAGUCACACCCACCCCAAAACUCCUCAGUUCAAGACAACUCCAAUCACAAGUGCCGGAAUGUCUCGCCAAGCCAUGUCCACCACCGGUGGGAUGUCUUAACUCUUGUUACACUCAUUUUCAUGCCAUAUUUGUUGUCUCUUUAUGCCCCUUGGCUACUCUGCACCGUAGCUCACCUCUGUUUUUGUUGGGUUUGUUUGUUUUGGUUUUGUUUUUUUGUUUUUUUUUUGCACCAGCUUUGUCAUCUGUUUUUCAGGGCUAAUGGUUAUAUCAAAAGUACUUGUGUGUGGAUUAUCACUCUGAACUUCCACCCAAAUAGCUAGCUUGUCUGAUAUUAGAUACCACUCUCUUCUUACUCUUGAUUUCUGACUGAAUUAGUGCUGUUUUUUUUUUUUUCCCCUGUGGACAUUUUUUUAAAUCUUCAGUUCUCGUGAGGUAGUGAGAGGAGUAUCAAGCGGGGUGGGAGGGAAAGGAUCAGCUUUGAUCUUUACUCAGUUAUCUAUAAUGGAGAAUCCAUGAAUGUCUUUGGUGGGCUACUGUGGCCCAGCCCUGUCUUCUGUUGAAUAAAUAAAUAUUAAAUAAUGAUCAGUAAAUAAUGUUAUUGUUGCGUUAUCGCAAUUGUUAAGAAAAUAUGAAAUAACAUGUAUCAUUGGUGCCUGAUUGUAGCUACAUUUUGCUUUUUCUGCCUUUCAUUUUUAAUCUGUGGAUAAAUUCGUAUUUUAAUUAAAACUUUAAUCAGAAAAUGCCGGUGUCAUUUAAUUGAUAUGACAUGUCAUUUUCACAAAGUGCAGAGAUGUAAAACUGCAUGUUCAUGUAUAUGCUUUGAUAUUUUUAUCUAUGUAUUAUUUAUCUUCUAAAAGCCUCAGGACAAAGAUAUUUUAGUUCAGGAUAAACCAUAGAGAACAAAUCAGCAGGUGUUUAUUCCCACUUUUGAGAUCACACUACAUCCUCUUUAUUUCUUUCACGUCAUCAUUAGUGCUAUUGUUGUUAUUUUGGGCUACAAGAAAAAAAGAACGCAUAAUGGAAUUGUGUGUCAUAAAGCACCAACACCACCCUGUCUAUAAGCAAAGUGCUGUGAUGGGUGUAAACGUGCAAAACCUCAACAAAGAGCUGAGUGCUCCCUUGCCUGCCAAGAAUGUACUAGGACCUUUGGCGCUUUAUUAUGUUCACAGAAACUGUUAACGCAAAACGUUCUUCUCAUGCGGCAGCACAUUUGACCACACCUGCUCAGUCUUUCAGGCAAAGAGGAAACAUAAUAAGAACAAGAUGUGAAAUCAAAAUGCAGCUGAUUCCAGGAUGUGGUUUUUAUACCUUUCAUGUUCACUGUUGAUAUCUCAUCAUCUGCAGUGGAAAAAAAUUCACAAAUGAGGAUGUGGUUUCCAUCUGAUGUGUCAAAGUGAGCCUUACUUUGACUUACAGAGCCUGUGUUAUUUAACAGGCUCUGCAGCUGUGGUGACACAAAUGGUGUGUCAAUUUUACUGUAAAAGCAGAACAAUAGAAGAACAGAAGCUGAGUUCAUGGCAAGAUAAAUAGAUUCAUAACAUUAUUUGAUUAUUACUGAAGCAUUACUGUGAUGCUGGUCAAGAAGCUAAUUUAAAUUACUUCACUUAGCCUGCUGUUGGUCAUUUAAGUUCAUAACAAAUCUUCAAAAUUUUUUAGGCUGAUCAUAAGUUUUAAAAGUAAAUUCAUAAUCUUCCUUUCCACUGGAAAUGACUACAAAAAGCCACAAAUAUAAAUAAAUGCAAAGCAGCUACAGUACAGAGAUACC